AUGAGUUGCUUCGGAUGUUUUUCUUCACACACAGAAAAGAAAUCGUCAAAGAAAUCCCACCAUGGAAAGAAUAUAGAGUCGCCUCUAUUGGCAACUUCUGCCCCAUUAGAAGCCUCUUCGCAGCCACGCCAUGCAACUCAUAACCCUAAUCCAAAGCCCACUUCACAGUCGACAGAGCCUGAAAAAAAUAAGGACGCCAACACAGACAUUGGCGGCAAUAACAUUGCUUCACAGAACUUCACCUUCCGGGAUCUGGCAAUGGCAACAAAGAACUUCCGGCAAGAAACCCUAAUUGGUGAAGGUGGAUUCGGAAGGGUUUAUAAAGGCAGAAUUGAAACAAUCCACCAGGAUGUAGCAGUGAAACAACUUGACAGGAAUGGGUUUCAAGGGAAUAGAGAGUUCCUUGUUGAAGUAUUGAUGUUGAGCCUCUUACAUCAUGAAAAUCUAGUGAAUCUAGUUGGCUAUUGUGCUGAUGGAGAUCAGAGACUUUUGGUAUACGAAUACAUGCCAUGUGGAUCUGUAGAGGAUCAUCUUCUUGAUGUAUCUUCUGAUCAAAAGCCACUGGAUUGGAAUAUGAGGAUGAAAAUAGCAUUGGGAGCAGCAAAAGGUUUAGAAUAUUUGCAUGAUAAGGCAAAUCCACCUGUGAUCUAUAGGGACUUGAAAGCAGCUAACAUAUUGCUAGACCAGGAUUUCAAUGCAAAACUCUCAGAUUUUGGACUAGCCAAGCUUGGACCUAUGGGAGACAAGUCUCAUGUUUCUUCCAGAGUAAUGGGAACUUAUGGAUAUUGUGCUCCUGAAUAUCAACGAACGGGUCAACUUACUGUAAAAUCAGACAUUUAUAGUUUUGGAGUCGUGUUGCUCGAAUUGAUCACUGGAAAAAGAGUCAUUGACACUACAAGAUCCACACGGGAGCAGAACCUUGUUACUUGGGCACAACCAAUAUUCAAGGACCCUCAUAGACAUCCAGAGCUAGCAGAUCCUCUUCUAAAAGGAAACUUCCCUUUAAAAUCACUGAACCAAGCGGUGGCAAUGGCAGCCAUGUGCCUGAAUGAGGAAGCUGUCGCGCGACCAUUAAUGAGAGACGUAGUGAGUGCCCUUAGCUUCCUUGGGACAGACAUUAAUGAUUCUAACGCAGGGGGAGGUCAUGAUGAUGAUGAUGAUGAAACUUCCUUUGAUGAAAGGCAACAUAAUGCUACUAAACAAGCCAACACUAGUACUGUUCAUUGGGAUUUAACUUCUGCAAAUUGAACACAGCUAGCUAAUACUGUGUGAAACUGCUUCCUUUCUGUGUAAAAUCAUAGAUACAAAUAUCCAUAUUCUCCUGUUCUUCAUUCUCAAUAUUCUAUGUUUUGGUGUAAGAUUAGGGCAAACACUUUGUAUUUAUGUUUUUAUUUCUGGAGAUUUUUUUGGGGCCUUUCUCCAUUGCGCCAUAGUCAUUGAAUAGUGUGAACACAGAUGUAUGUAUUUGUAUCUAUGAUAUC